GGCCUCAGGCUCACUUACCGAAGACUCACAUAGACAGCACACUGCCGACUGCCUUCAGUUGCUUCUGUAAGGACAGAGAGUGCACUCAGAGUCUGAAUUCAAAAUGCUGAAGAGAAAACCAUCCAAUGUUUCAGAGAAGGAGAAGCAUCAAAAGCCAAAGCGCAGCAGCAGCUUUGGAAAUUUUGACCGUUUUCGGAAUAAUUCUGUAUCAAAACCAGAUGAUUCAACAGAGGUGAAUGAGGAAGAACUCAUGAAUGAAAGUGGAGAACAAAAUAAAAAUUCAAAUAAUGGAAAAGGUUUAGGUAAAAAGAUGAGAGCCAUUUCUUGGACAAUGAAGAGAAAAGCAGCUAAAAAGUACGUCAAAGCCCUUUCUGAAGAAAAGGACGUCGAAGAUGGAGAGGAUGACCUCCCAUGUCGGAACAGCGACCCCAUAAUUGGGGCACACACAGAAAAGCUCUCCCUCAAAGCCAGUGAUUCCAUGGAUAGUCUCUACAGCAGGCGGAGCUCGUCAAGUGGCAUAACAAGCUGUUCAGAUGGUACGAGUAAUCGGGACAGCUUUCGACUCGAUGAUGAUUGCCCCUACUCUGGACCAUUCUGUGGCCGUGCCAGAGUGCAUACUGAUUUCACACCAAGCCCUUAUGACAUUGACUCCCUCAAAAUCAAGAAAGGAGACAUCAUAGACAUUAUUUGCAAAACGCCAAUGGGGAUGUGGACUGGAAUGUUAAACAAUAAGGUGGGAAACUUCAAAUUUAUUUAUGUGGAUGUCAUCUCAGAAGAGGAAGCAGCCCCCAAGAAAAUAAAGGCCCACCGAAGAAGUGGAACAGAAAAAUAUAAGACUCUACAGGAAUUCUUAGAGAGGAUUCACCUUCAGGAAUACACAUCAACACUUUUGCUCAAUGGUUAUGAGACCCUAGAAGAUUUAAAGGAUAUAAAAGAGAGUCAUCUCAUUGAAUUAAACAUUAAAAACCCAGAAGACAGGAUGAGGUUACUAUCAGCUGCUGAAAAUCUCCUUGAUGAAGAAACUAUUCAAGAGCAAGAAAAUGAAUCUGUGUCCCCGUCCUUAAGCCCAGACAUCUCCUUAAAUAAGUCACAGCUACAUGACUGCCCAAGGGACUCUGGUUGCUAUAUCUCAUCAGAAAAUUCAGAUAAUGGCAAGGAGGAUCCAGAGUCUGGAAAUCUGACUGCCAUGGUGCAGAAGAUUGCUAUCACAGAAGCCGGUGACUGAGCACACAUUCUAAACUCUGCACCUGCAGCUGCCUUCCAUGUUAACUCUUCUUGAGCUAAAAGAUCAAAUAAGAAAGAAAAGUGUUUGAAAAUACAACCUAAAGUUAACAUGUUUUAACAUGAAUGAUUGUAUAUAAAAGUUUAUAUCUCUAAAAUUCCCAAUUAUUGUAAAUAAUAUAUAUAUAUUUAUUAUUUUAUAUGCUAUAUGUUAAUGGGUUACAUACAUGUACUAGAAAGGUCUAUUAUAAAUCUUUGGUGUCAUGUAAGCUCAUUUAGCUUUAUUUUUUAAGUGCAGAAUGAUAAAUUCUGCAACAAUCCCCUCUUGUCUUCAUACAUGCAAUUUUUGAAUUUGUAUCUAUUAUUGCAUGAAUAGCAGUAGAGUCUGUGUCUGUUUAAUCAAUUUUCCAAGCAGCAUUUACAUUUAUUUUUAUACUUACUGGAAAAGUAUGAAUUAAUACUGGAGACAUUUUUAUCCUAAUCACAGUGGAAUUUUAGUAAUUUUUUCUUGAUUUCUUCACUGUUAUCUGUUAU